AUUGAAUGUUCCUAGUAUAGGUAUAUAAUAAUUUACAAGAGAACAUAUGUUGUCAUUAUAAAAGAAAAUGACCAUGCAAUAGCUUUUAUCGAUCCAUAACAUGGAAUUGACAAAUGACGUCCUAAAUUUCAACACGGGAAUGUUUAUUCCUUCCUAUUCAACGUUGGAUGGAAUACCAAAAACUUUUGCGUGUGCAAAUUUUUUGUAGAUUAUUAUAUCCCUAUACAAUUUCUAUUUUAUUCCCACGCUAUCCAUUCAGUCCACCAAAUGUAACGUUAGUUCUUCCAUCUUUUGUUGAUCAGGUAGCUGUGUCCAGAGCCCUCAAUGUGAUUGGCCUUUCCAUAGUUGCACCAGCAAUCCAGUCCCUUGUAGCUGACUCAACUGAUGAGAGCAACCGUGGUAUGGCCUUUGGAUGGCCACAGCUAACACGCAACCUUGGCUCAAUCAUGGGUGGAUUCUGUUCAGUAUUGAUAGCUCCAAUAGUUUUCAUGGGAAUCCCUGGUUGGAGAAUUGCUUUCCAUCUUGUUGGAAUAUUCAGCAUCUCAGUUGGUGUUUUAGUCCGCCUCUUUGCCAAUGAUCCACAUUAUUCCAAUGAUGCGACUGGAGCUAGUGGUCAACUUCCAGAUAAACCCAUAUGGUCAGAAGUGAAGGACCUGAUCCAGGAGGCCAAGUCAGUUAUGAAGAUUUCAUCCUUUCAGAUUAUUGUAGCUCAGGGUGUCACCGGUUCUUUCCCAUGGUCUGCUUUGUCAUUUGCGCCCAUGUGGUUAGAACUUGUUGGCUUCUCCCAUGAGAAAACUGCAUUCCUCAUUGCCCUCUUUGUGAUUGCUGCUUCGCUAGGGGGACUGUUUGGUGGUAGGAUGGGGGAUCUCCUUUCCAAGCAUCUCCCAAAUUCUGGUAGGAUAAUUCUAGCACAGAUAAGCUCCGGGUCAGCCAUACCUCUUGCAGCAUUACUGCUUCUGCUUUUACCCCAUGUCCCAUCCACAGCAGCCAUGCACGGGUUGGUGUUGUUCAUCACAGGGUUUUGCAUUUCCUGGAAUGGUCCUGCUACAAACAAUCCAAUUUUUGCAGAGAUAGUCCCUGAGAAAUCCCGAACAUGUAUCUAUGCCUUGGACCGAUCUUUUGAGUCCAUACUAUCGUCCUUUGCUCCCCCUGUGGUUGGAAUACUGGCUCAACAUGUUUAUGGUUAUAAACCAGUCCCUGAAGGGUCGAGUGAGUCUGAAGAGAUUGCCACUGAUAGAGGGAAUGCUGCAUCAUUAGCUAGGGCUCUGUACACAGCAAUAGGAAUUCCAAUGGCUCUUUGCUGCUUUAUCUACUCAUUCCUUUAUUGCACUUAUCCGAGAGACAGGGAGCGCGCACAGAUGGAUGCAUUAAUAGAAUCAGAGAUGCAACAUUUAGAAGACUCUAAUGACACACCUGCUGGAAAAGAGUACACUCAACUUUACUUAUCUGAAAUUGAUGAAACAAAUAGCAAGGAUAGAAGUAUUGUAGAAAUGGUAUAUGAAGAUGACAGUGGUGAUUUUGAUGGCAAUGAUGAGCAGAUUCCGCUUCACAGCCAAUGACAUUCUCCAAUUUAGGUGAAAUAGCAAUUCUAAAGAGCAGAGAAGCUGGAUCAUUUUCCACGAGGCUGCACUUCACUGAAGUAGCUCAACUUGUAAUAGCUUGGAGAUUAGUCAUACAUGGAACUUUAGGUUCAUUAGAAUGAUAAAGAUUUUAUACAGGCCCAUCUAACUUUGAAAUGAAAAAAAAAAAAAAAAAAACAGAAUUCGUAUCUCCAUGUGGUUUUGAUAUUGGACUGGAAAUUACCUCUAUACAUAGGUAAUGCGUGAUUCAACAAGAACAAAAAUAGCUUAUAAGAUUACCGUUUUUCAAUUGUUUAUUUUUCAGUUAC